AAAAUAAUGGAAAGACUGAGGCUUCUGCCUACCAAGAGGCAGGGGUGGGUCCUUCAUUUGUGUUCAGUCUGAAUUAUGUGAAAGUUAGCUCUUCCCAAACCUUUAAGCUGCUUCCGUCUUAACCUUCCAAGAUUCCAGUUCCUUGCUCUCUCCGCCCCGUGAUACCAUGCACUGCCAGUAGAGGCUGCUCUAGGUCCGCAUGUGGGGGAUCACCUGGUUCAAGGCACAGCCUAACCGGUCAUUUUCUUGUCCUAAUACUAAUUUUUCCCGCUGAGCAGUGUCUUAAAUUUCUUGAAGAGAUGCCAGCGAUUCCUGCUUUUGGUUUUCCAGUGACUCGGGAGGGCUGUCUAGGAUCCUAGCUCUCUCUGAAAUAAAGUUUCCUCAACUUCCACCUUGCAGAGUAGCCUUCUGAUACCCAGUGGUCCCCUCACUGUCUCUGCAAAAAGAGAUUUAAGGUCUUGAAUGGUGGAGGAACGUCUGCUGUAUUCUGUUUUUCCAGAGAUCGGUAGCAGUGGCUAGCGAUUUUUUGAAUGCCUGUUCUGUGUUAGGCUCUCUGUUAAGUGCUUUAUGUGCAUGACCACAUUUAAUUUUCACGAAUCUGGGUAGUUUACCCCUCCUUUGUAGGUGAGGACACUGAAAUUCAUGAGCAGGAACUCCUCUGAGGUCCUACAGCGGAGGGAUCUGACUGCUGAGCCCAGGCGCUCACCUUUCCUUUCCCACUGACUAGAUAGGAGAGACGGGAUACUACAAAGCAAGGGCUUGGCCUUUGGCAGCUGGCCAGCACUUAUUGCUGAACUGGGCUGUGGGUUGUGGGAAUAUUGACGGGUGGUGCCUGCUAGGAGGUAGGGAAAUGGAUAGUUCUGGUGCCUGUGUGUAGCACACAGCGCUUAACUGGGCAUCUGACAUUGGCGUUCUUCCUCAGACCUCUUCUGAGUGAAAGGUAGAGUUUAGAGUUAAUCCAAAUGCCCUCUAGUCUGGUCUGAGUGACGGCAGUCAGAGCUCCUGCCGUGCUGCGGCCAGGAGCUCAGGGGCAGGGGAGAGCCUAUGCACGUGGAAGUCGUGCCUGGAGCCAAACCACGGAACAGAAAAUUGGAACAGAAUUAUAUAAAUUAAGGUCAGAAAUUUCCUGUCCAACCCACGGGGUGGAGUUUUCUCUAUUCCUAUCCAUCCUACUGAAUAUAAGCCCUGAUUUGAUGUCAGUAACUGGAAGGAGCAGCUGGUAGGACUUCCCUUUCAGCUGUCCACAUUCACCAUGAAUCUCAAGGUAGUCCUCGUGUUCCUGGCACUGUCCCUCAUUACCAUCUUUGCCCUGGCCUAUGUCUUGCUGACCAGCCAAGGUGGCUCCAGCCAGCCUCCCCGCUGCCCCUCCGUGUCCCCCACUGCCCAGCCCCGGACACACCCCGGCCAGAACCAGCUGUUUGCAGACCUGAGCUUGGAGGAGCUGACAGCUGUCAUGAGCUUCCUGACCCAGCAGCUCGGGCCAGGCCUGGUGGAUGCAGCCCAGGCGCGCCCCUCGGACAACUGCGUCUUCUCAGUGGAGCUGCACCUGCCCCCCAAGGCCGCAGCCCUGGCCCACCUGGACAGGGGGAGCCCCCCACCUGCCCGGGAGGCGCUGGCCAUCGUCUUCUUUGGCGGACAGCCCCAGCCCAACGUGAGUGAGCUGGUGGUGGGGCCACUGCCACGGCCCUCCUACCUGCGGGACGUGACGGUGGAGCGUCACGGGGGCCCCCUGCCCUAUUACCGCCGCCCCAUGCUGGGAGCUGAGUUUGCCCAGAUGUGGAAACAUUUGAAGGAGGUGGAGCUACCCAAGGCACCAGGCUUUCUGGCUUCUGUCUUCAACUACAAUGGCUCCACUUUGGCACCUCUGCAUGCCACCCCCAGUGGCUUGCGCUCAGGGGACCGUGCUACCUGGAUAGCCCUCUACCAUAACAUCUCAGGUGUUGGGAUUUUCCUUCACCCAGUGGGGCUGGAGCUACUGCUGGACCACAGGGCCCUGGACCCUGCCCACUGGGCUGUCCAGCGGGUCUUCUACCUCGGGCGCUACUAUGCUGACUUGGGCCAGUUGGAAUGGGAGUUUAAGGCUGGCCGGCUGGAAGUGGUUAGGGUUCCUCUCCCCCUGCCAAAUGGGGCUUCAUCCUUGAAGUCCCGGACCUCCCCAGGUCCUCUCCCCCCUCUUCAGUUCUCACCCCAGGGCUCCCAAUAUAGUGUACAAGGGAACCUGGUGACAUCCUCCCUCUGGACAUUUACCUUUGGUCAUGGGGUGUUCAGUGGCAUGAGGAUUUUUGAUAUUCGGUUCAAGGGUGAGCGAGUGGCCUAUGAAGUCAGUGUCCAGGAGUGUGUAUCCGUCUACGGUGCCGAUUCACCCAAGACAAUGAUGACCAGAUACUUGGAUAGCAGCUAUGGACUUGGCCGUCACAGCCGGGGCUUGGUUCGGGGAGUUGACUGCCCCUAUCAGUCUACGAUGGUGGACAUCCACAUACUGGUGGGCACAGGGGCAGUCCAGCUGCUCCCGGGGGCUGUGUGUGUAUUCGAGGAGGCACAAGGAGUGCCCCUUCGGAGGCACCACAAUCACCUCGAGAGUCAUUUCUAUGGUGGUUUGGCCGGCUCGGCUCUUGUAGUCAGGUCUGUGUCAUCUGUAGGCAACUAUGACUACAUUUGGGACUUUGUACUGCACCCAAAUGGGGCGCUGGAAGGGCGGGUCCAUGCCACAGGCUAUAUCAACACGGCUUUCCUGAGUGGGGGUGAGGAGGGCCUCCUCUUCGGGAACCGUGUGGGGGAGCGAGUGCUGGGGGCAGUGCACACGCAUGCCUUUCACUUCAAGCUGGACCUGGAUGUGGCAGGGCUGAAAAACUGGGUGGUAGCUGAAGACGUGGUGUUUAAACCUGUGGCAGCCCCUUGGAGUCCAGAGCACCAGCUGCAGCGCCCACAGCUGACACGGCAGGUCCUCGGAAGGGAGGACCUGACAGCUUUUUCCUUGGGAAAGCCCCUUCCCCGCUACCUUUAUCUGGCUGCCAACCAGACUAAUGCCUGGGGUCACCAGCGCGGGUACCGAAUCCAGAUCUACAGCCCCCUUGGCAUACACAUGCCCCUGGAGAGCAACAUGGAGAGGGCCCUCAGCUGGGGGAGAUACCAGCUCGUGGUGACCCGGAGGAAGGAGGAGGAGUCACAGAGCAGCAGCAUCUAUUACCAGAAUGACAUCUGGACCCCCACUAUGGCCUUUGCUGACUUCAUCAACAAUGAGACCCUCUUAGGAGAGCUCUCCCCAGUUCCAACCCUGACCCAGAGAGCGGAAUCUGAUUUGGAACCUGGAAGACAAAGCCAUGUAAGGAGCCAAGAGAGACCUAACUCCGCAGACCCGAGAACACACGUCUCCACUCUGGUUCAAUCCUCUGUCCUGCUGCUGUUCACGGACAAUGAACCAGAAGACCACUCUGGUGCUCCUCGCUCUAGCCGUCAUCACCAUUUUUGCCUUGACCUGAGCCUGGAGGAGCUGACAGCUGUCAUGAGCUUCCUGACCCAACAGCUAGGGCCAGGCCUGGUGGAUGCAGCCCAGGCCCGCCCCUCGGACAACUGCGUCUUCUCAGUGGAGCUGCACCUGCCCCCCAAGGCUGCAGCCCUGGCCCACCUGGACAAAGGGAGCCCCCCACCUUCCCGGGAGGCGCUGGCCAUCGUCUUCUUUGGCGGACAGCCCCAGCCCAACGUGAGUGAGCUGGUGGUGGGGCCACUGCCACACCCCACCCACCUGCAGGACGUGACGGUGAAGCGUCACGGGGGCCCCCUGCCCUAUCACCGCCGCCCCGUGCUGAUGCGAGAGUACCUGGACAUAGACCAGCUGAUCUUCGACAGAGAGCUGCCCCAGGCCGCUGGUCUUCUCCACCACUGCUGCUUCUACCAACGCCACGGACGGAACCUAGUGACGAUGACCACGGCCCCCCGAGGUCUGCAGUCAGGGGACCGGGCCACCUGGUUUGGCCUCUACUACAACAUCUCAGGGGCCGGCUUCUUCCUGCACCCUGUGGGCUUGGAGCUGCUGGUAGACCACAAGGCUCUGGACCCCUCCCACUGGACCAUCCAGAAGGUGUUCUUUCAAGGCCGUUACUAUGAGAGUUUGGCCCAGCUGGAGGACCAGUUUGAGGCCGGCCUGGUGAACGUGGUGCUGGUCCCAGACAACGGCACAGGUGGGUCCUGGUCCCUCAAGUCCCAGGGGCCUCCCGGUCCAGCUCCUCCUCUGCAGUUCCAUCCCCAGGGCCCCCGCUUCAGUGUCCAGGGGAGUCGAGUGACCUCCUCAUUGUGGACUUUCUCCUUUGGCCUUGGAGCUUUCAGCGGCCCCAGGAUCUUUGACAUCCGCUUCCGGGGAGAACGACUAGCUUAUGAGAUCAGCCUCCAAGAGGCCUUGGCCAUCUAUGGUGGAAGUUCCCCUGCAGCAAUGCUGACCCGCUAUAUCGAUGGCAGCUUUGGCAUGGGCAAAUACUCCACUCCCCUGACCCGUGGGGUGGACUGCCCCUACCUGGCCACCUACGUGGACUGGCAUUUCCUUCUGGAAUCCCACACCCCCAAGACAAUACGUGAUGGCAUUUGUGUGUUUGAACAGAACCAGGGCCUCCCCCUGAGGCGACACCACUCAAAUUUCUACUCCCACUAUUUUGGGGGCCUUGCAGAGACAGUGCUGGUCCUCAGAUCUGUGUCGACCAUGCUCAAUUAUGACUACCUGUGGGAUAUGGUCUUCCAUUCCAAUGGGGCCAUAGAAGUCCACUUCCACGCCACCGGCUACAUCAGCUCAGCGUUCCUCUUUGGGGCCGCCCGAAGAUAUGGGAACCAGGUUGGGGAGCACACGCUGGGUACUGUCCACACUCACAGCGCGCACUUCAAGGUGGAUCUGGAUGUAGGAGGACUGGAGAACUGGGUCUGGGCCGAGGACAUGACCUAUGUCCCCACGGCGGUACCCUGGAGCCCUGAGCACCAGAUGCAGAGGCUGCAGGUGACCCAGAAGCGGCUGGAGACAGAGGAGCAGGCCGCCUUCCCCCUGGGGGGCACCAUACCCCGCUACGUGUACCUGGCCAGCAACCACAGCAACAAGUGGGGUCACCCGCGGGGCUACCGCAUCCAGCCGCUCGGCCUUGCUGGGGAGCCGCUGCCCCAGAACAGCUCCUUGGAGAGAGCCUUCAGCUGGGGGAGGUACCAGCUGGCGGUGACCCGGCGGAAGGAGGCGGAGCACAGCAGCACCAGCAUCUACAACCAGAACGAUCCUUGGGCCCCCACCGUGGACUUUGCUGACUUCAUCAACAAUGAGACCAUUGCUGGAGAGGACUUGGUGGCCUGGGUGACAGCUGGUUUCCUGCACAUCCCACACGCGGAAGAUGUUCCCAACACAGUGACUGUGGGGAACGGUGUGGGCUUCUUCCUCCGACCUUACAACUUCUUUGACCAGGACCCCUCCUUCGAGUCUGCCGAGUCUGUCUAUUUCCAGGGGGACCAGGAUGCCGGGGCCUGCGAGGUCAACCCCCUGGCUUGCCUUCCCCAGGCUGCUGCCUGUGCCCCAGACCUCCCCGCCUUCUCCCAUGGGGGCUUCUCUCACAACUAGGGGGUCCCCGGGCCAGGGUGUGUGGGGAGGGGAGCAGUGGGCAUUGGGCCGGGUGGCCUGGUGCCCUCUUCUCCUUCCUUCCACCCCGAAGCUCCCCGCCUCCCCCCCCCCGGCCCCCUCUCUAUUGCCCUCCCUGAUACCCCCUCCCUGCUGGGAGCAUCCUGAGCCUGUGACGCCUGGCACUGGGGGAGGGACAGAGACACAACCCCAGACCUGCUGGGUUCCUGUUCCAGAGAGAAGAAAGGCCCGCUGAAGCCUGGACUGAUGGCCAAGCGUUUCCCAGAAGAUUCCUGUUUUUUUGUGGUUUUGUUUCUGGUUUUGUUUUUUUGCUUUCCGGCUUUCCCAAAUCCUUUUAACCCAUCCCCUGAGCCUCCUCAUUUCCUCCCUUGGAAGGUGAGGGUGGUGUUGCUGCACUGGGAAUAGUCCCCUAGAAGCCCCAGAGCAGGGUUCCUGCCAGGCCUAGGCCUCCACGAAUGAGCUAGAAGGGGUUCCUUAGCUCCCAUUCCUUUUAUCCAAGUCCUCCUCUCCCUCUUCCUUCCUUUGCCUACUGCCUCCUCUUCCUGUUCCUCCCUGUUCUUAUAGCCUGCAAUUUCCCUCCCAGCCCUGAGAAGAUGUUCCUCUGUCCUCUGUCUUCACUUCUUAACUUAGGUCUCCUCUCUUGUCCCUCUUCCCAUGGAAGUCUCAAAAUGCAAGGGACAUCUAGUUUGAGAGGACAAUUCCUUGUCUGUCCCCCUGUGUCUGUCACAAGCCAGAGUAGGAGCCCUGUCCUGGGGCAGGCUGUAAUUCCCAGAAGUCCUCUUCUCCCCUUUGUAUUCACCUGCCCGGCUCCCUCUGGCAAAGGAUGGUCACACAGCAGCAGCUCAAGUUAGCAUUUGAGGCGGAUUUGUAGGUACUGUGGUAACGAGGAGCGGUCAUUUGUGCCAAGGGUGUGUGACCAGUGAGCUCAUGUACUGCCCAGCAGCAGACACGGAGGGCAGGUGGGCGCCAAAGGUGGGAAGCAGUGAGACCUUGGAACUCCAGUGGCCACCGUUUGUGACCAUGCAAAUGAGCUGGGUGGGGGGUGGUUCCCCCAACGGUGUCCCUCGGGGGCUCUGGGUGAGGGGUGGGUGCACCCGUAGUGAGAGAUUGGAAACUACAGAAACACCCUUUCCUAGAGGAUUGGUUGAUUAAAUUCCUACGCAGCCUUACAAGGCGGUGCCAUGCAGCUCUAACGAGAAUGCUCUGUGUGGACCAAUAGGGAACGAUCUUCCAAUGAAAACGACAAGGCACGGAAGUGUGUGUGGUGCACUUCUCGUUUGUGUGGUAGAAAGGAGGAAACUAUAAAUACUUACUUAUAUAUGCAUAUUCAGAAGAAACCAAUGAAACUGUUUGCUUUGGGGGAGGGGUGCGGACAGAUGAGGGAGGAGACUUAGCACUCCAUACCCCUGUGUAUAUUUUGAAUUUUGAGCCAUGUGACUGUAUUACCUAUUCAAAAUAAAUAAAAAAUGGGCCCAAAUAGGACCUGACCUGA